AUGGCCCCACCCCGUAAUCGUCCAACCAAAAACAAACAUACAUGGAAAGGGUACUUUGGGAAUUUCGUGCUUUGCAGGCCUCUGACGUCGAAGCUUCUCUGUUUCUGCUCGUCUUUCUUCUUUACAAAUCACAACUUUGAACUUUUGGCUCUUUUUCAUUCCUCACCAAAUCCAACUCCUCUUUCUUCCGCCACACUGCCAUUGACCUCUUCUCUCUUCAGUUGCAGGACUCUCGAUUUGAAGCUCCGUGUUGAUCGAUACCUGCUGCUGUUUUUUCCUUUUAGCCACAGGAGAUUGCCUUUAAUAUCAAUUGCAAUGCGUGCACCGGCGUUACUUGCACAGUGCUUACCAGGCCUAGUGCCCCAUGAUCGUGGAAGUCUCAGCAUAUCCUCCGUUCCUGAGAAAGAUAUUCAUCUCCCAUCACCAGCCGUGGAGAUUCUCCCUUCCAAGGCAGUUCACACUGACAGGGAUAAUGGGGAGAAUGUGGAUCAUUUUAAGGGGUUAGUUAGUGUUGCUGAUAUUGUUGGAUUCAGUGGUUCGGAGGCAAUAUCCUUGAAACCUGACGGUUAUCUGAAAUGCUGGACUAGUUCCAUUGAUCUUGUUAGUGUUCUUAAGCAUGAGAUUCGUGAUGGGCAACUGACCUUCAGAGGAAAAAGAGUACUUGAGCUCAGUUGCAACUAUGGACUGCCUGGAAUUUUCGCUUGCUUGAAGGGAGCUUCUGUGGUGCAUUUUCAAGAUCAGAGUGCAGAAACUGUAAGAUGCACAACUAUACCAAAUGUCCUUGCUAAUCUCAAAAAAGCCCGUGAUAGGCAGAGUCGACAGCCUGAGUCUCCUCUUACUCCUUCAAGACAGACUCUGGCACCAUCGGUUAACUUCUAUGCUGGGGACUGGGAAGAAUUACCUACCGUGCUGUCUAUUGUGAAAUGUGAAGGAUAUGAACUGAUUCCUGGAAUGAGUUUGAGCUUUUCUGAGGAAGAUUUUUUGGAAGGAUGUAGUAGCCAAGAUGGUAGCAUAAUUGGACAUGAAUCUUACUCAAGACGGUCUAGGAAGCUCUCAGGAAGUCGAGCAUGGGAAAGAGGUAGUCAGGCAGAUGAAGGAGAGGGUGGCUAUGAUGUUAUCUUAAUGACGGAGAUUCCAUACUCCCUUACCUCAUUGAAGAAGCUGUAUGCGCUGAUUAAGAAGUGCUUGAGGCCCCCAUAUGGUGUGGCAUAUCUAGCUCCUACCAAGAGGCACUAUGUUGGCGUCAGUAAUGGAGUACGACAACUAAAAAGUCUAGUAGACGAGGAGGGAGUUUUUGGAGCACAUUUAGUCAAGGAUUUGGCUGACAGGGAUAUCUGGAAGUUCUUUCACAAGUAA